CUGGCCCAGAAAGAAAGGGAAGGAGGGAAAGAGGGAAGGAGGGGAGAGGAGAGGGAUGCACCUCCAGCCGCUCCUCCUCCCCUUGAGUCGGAAAAGUCCCGAGCCAACUCUUCUUUCUGUGGAGAGGCACCAUGGCCAGGAGGACGAUCGUUCUCUGCAGCUGGAUGGGAUUUGUGGUUCUCCUGGCGUUUUUCUUGCUGGGCAACCUGGUGGGCUGGUGUGUGAAAUCAGUUCAUAAGUCGACCGGAACGUCCAACAUCUUUCAAAAUGUGCGAAGACAACUUCUUGCAGAAAUGAGAGCUGAAAACAUCCGGGAUUAUCUCCGUGCUUUCACCAGGCUCCCCCAUGUAGCAGGAACAGAACAGAACCUUCACCUGGCAAGACAGAUUCAAACUCAGUGGAAGGACUUCAGCUUGGAUACAGCCAAGCUAGUUCAUUAUGAUGUCCUACUUUCCUACCCGAAUCAAAGCACCCCCAACUAUGUUGCCAUUAUUGAUGAACAAGGAAAUGAGAUUUUCAAGACAUCACUUUCUGAGCUGCCUCCUCCGGGAUAUGAAAAUGUCUCUGGAGUCCUACCUCCUUAUAAUGCAUUUUCGGCACAAGGCACACCUAUGGCAGAUCUUGUGUACGCAAAUUAUGGCCGCACUGAAGAUUUUUUUAAGCUAGAGCGCCAGAUGGGAAUCAACUGUACAGGAAAGAUUGUCAUUGCCCGAUAUGGGAAAAUAUUCAGAGGAAACAAAGUUAAAAAUGCCAUGUUAGCAGGAGCUAAAGGGAUUAUCCUUUACUCAGACCCUGCGGAUUACUGCGCUCCCGGAGUCAAGCCUUAUCCAGGUGGGUGGAAUCUUCCCGGAGGAGGAGUUCAGCGAGGAAAUGUGCUAAAUCUCAACGGGGCAGGAGAUCCUCUCACUCCAGGCUAUCCAGCCAAAGAAUACACCUUCAGGUAUGAGACGAAGGAUGGAGUAGGGAUUCCCAAAAUCCCAGUUCACCCCAUCAGUUACAACGAUGCUGAGAUGCUAUUACAGUUCAUCGGAGGAUCCAAAGCUCCAGAUGAAACUUGGAAGGGAAAUCUGAAUGUGUCCUAUAAUGUUGGGCCUGGGUUUUCAGGCACCUACUCUACAAGAAAAGUCCAAAUGCACAUUCAUACUGUCAACCAGAUUACACGAAUAUACAAUGUUAUUGGGACCAUUAAAGGAGCUGUUGAACCUGAUAGGUAUAUCAUCUUUGGGGGCCAUAGAGACUCCUGGGUGUUUGGUGGCAUCGACCCAACCACAGGGGCAGCUGUUCUUCAGGAAGCUGCAAGGAGUUUUGGCAACAUGGUAAAGAAAGGUUGGAGGCCUAGAAGAACUAUCAUUUUUGCCAGCUGGGAUGCAGAGGAAUUUGGGUUAUUAGGUUCAACAGAAUGGGCAGAGGAGAAUGCCAAGAUUCUUCAGGCAAGAGCUGUGGCUUACAUCAACACAGAUUCUUCUAUAGAAGGCAACUACACAUUAAGAGUUGACUGCACUCCCCUUCUCAAUCAGUUGGUGUAUAAUCUGACAAAAGAGAUCUCAAGCCCUGAUGAAGGAUAUGAAGGGAAAUCUCUCUUUCAAAGCUGGAUUGAGAAAGAUCCAUCUCCACAAAAUAGGGAUCUCCCCAGGAUAAACAAACUCGGAUCAGGCAGUGAUUUCGAAGCUUAUUUCCAGCGAUUGGGGAUUCCGUCAGGAAGAGCACGCUAUACUAAGAAUAGGAAAGUGGACAAAUUCAGUAACUAUCCAGUUUACCACAGCACCUAUGAAACCUUUGAACUGGUUAAGGACUUUUAUGACCCUACAUUCAAGAAGCAGCUUGCUGUUGCGCAAGUGCGAGCAGCCUUGGUCUAUGAGCUGGCAGAUUCCCAGAUCCUUCCUUUGCAUUGUCCGGAUUAUGCAACAGCUUUAAGGAUCUAUGCCAACGGGAUCUACAAUUUGGCCAUGAAACACAAAACACAACUUGAGAUGUACAAAGUAUCCUUUGCUCCCCUCUUUUCUGCAGUGUCGAAUUUUACAGAUGAAGCAAUAGAUUUUCACUACAGAUUAUCACAGCUUGAUAAAAAUGAUCCCAUAGCCAUGAGGAGCAUGAAUGAUCAGCUGAUGCUUCUUGAGAGAGCUUUCAUUGAUCCUCUUGGUUUGCCAGGCAGGCAGUUUUACAGGCAUAUCAUAUUUGCUCCAAGCAGUCACAACAAGUACGCGGGCGAGUCCUUCCCUGGGAUCUACGAUGCUAUGUUUGACAUUGAUAGCAGAAAAGACCAAAAGAAAGCUUGGGAUGAAGUGAAGAGGCAGAUUUCCAUUGCAGCCUUCACAGUGCAGGCUGCUGUAGGGACAUUAAAAGCUGUGAUCUAGAAUAGGAAUAUUUCAGAGAUGCUCUGUUUGAACUCUACAACUAGGAAAAAGAUCAUUCUACAAGCAUAAGGAAUUUUCAACAGGACUACAUACUACUUCAUCUCAUGGAUGUGGAUUGUGUGAAUGCUGGUGUUCAAAACCAUGCCCAUGUUGUUGACUACAACUGAUGAGAACAGCAGCCCAACCUCUGGAGACUCACACGUUCCUUAUCUCUUUCCAUUUUUUUUUUGCACAGAUAAUAAGGAAUAUCCACAAACUUUGACCAUAAACUCCUUUCUUUCUACUUUCCUACCUUUGGUUGUAAAUGUGAUGGUCAGUUUCCAACCAUCUGACCAUAGUUUCAAGUAGCGGAAACUAGUCUAGUUUACUACUUCUGAAGACAGAUUUCUUUUAGCUAAUCCAACUAAUGGCAUCUGAUUAUCUUCACACUGCUAUUGCUUAUAAAGAAAACAAUUUCUCUAUUCCAUGACAAUAUGAAUACUAGAUGCAUGAGGGCCACAGCAAGGAAGGUUUGGUUUUAUAUAAUACUUUCAUGAAAAAGGGUAUUGGAUUGUUAGAACAUGGGCUUUUGAAGGCACCAGGUUCAACCACUAUAAUGCCAUUCUCCUAUAAGAGUCAGUGCUAGCCUACUAUAAAGAUAGGGAUUAUCUGUGUAACAAUCGAAAUUAGCCAACACAGUCAUAGAUAUGCCAUCUUCUGACACAGUACUGGCACGCCCAAUAGUAUGAUUUGAUUGAAAGAACCAUGUAACAAUAGUAGUGAUCAGUAUAUCCCUGCUCACAAAUGUGCCUCCAUGUCAUGCUGUAGUAAACAAGUUGUUAAAAUGUUUCUUCUUCGUGGUGCUUCUGUGGAAAUCGCACAUAUGGGUUUUCCUGCGCAGCAUUUCGGAACCUUCUAGAAGCUCUAGUGAAACUUUUUGGCGCGAGCCCCGCCCACUCUCCCCAGUAGAGUAUAUAAGGCCCUGUGGGCGGGGCUAAGCAGUUCCUUUUUUCCGCCGUUCAGUCAGCACUGAGGAACCUUUUGCUCUAUAAAAUAUAUACUUUGAUUGCUUACUUGGACUUGACUCGGACUGGUUAUUCUCUAUCGAUACCUCUCUCCAACCCUUAGACCACGGAAAGGACUUGAUUUGGCAUCCGGACUUCCUAAGGCAGGCUAGUUGAGAUGGCUUCUUUUUUUAAGAAGUGUGGGGCUUGUGGAGGCACGCUUCCUGAGGCCGAUGGCCAUUCCAAAUGCCUCCUGUGUCUGGGGGAAAGUCGUAAUUCUCAAGCCUGCCAGGUGUGCCGAGGGUUUACUCCUCAGGCCAGAAAGAAUCGUGAAUCUAGGUUAAAAGCCCUCCUCUAUGAGCAGGCCCUAGCCCCAACAACUCCUGGAACGGUGACCGAAGCUGGACUAGCUACUCCUGCAGCUGAAGGGGCAGAUUCCCCUUCUACAGUAGGCCCCGCGUUGCCACAAGCGCCUCAAAAUGGCACGUUGCCGCAAGUGCCUCAAAACGGCGCGGGGGAAGAGGCCCCAACCUCCUCAAGGCCGGGAGUUUCCCAGAAAGCAGCUCCUAAGGGAAAGGAGGGGUGCAAGAAGACUAAAAAGACAAAGCAUAUCGAGAGCGCCCCUCCGCAAAGAUCCCUCCAGCCUGCUUCGCAGCGCCCGGGUGCUGGGUACUUACCUCAUGAGUCCCCAGGAUCGCGGGACCCCCCGCCAUUGACUCCGAUUGUGCCGCUGAUGUCUCGAGCGCUUUCCCCAGUGGGGAUUCUCCCUGCUCAGCCGGUACCACAGAUACCGAGCGCACAGCAGGAGGCGCAAAGGGGGAGGAGAGAGAGGAGAGGAGAGAGGAGACUGACUUCAUCUUCCAGCUCACAGAGUUCCUCUCCUUCUCCCAAGAGGCCCAGAGGGGCUCGUUCAAGCCGUCGCUGCCGCCAUUCCUCUUCCCCGAGCUCGAGGGGCUCUAGGUCUCCUCUGCAGCGGGGUCCUGUUUACCCUUACGGGCCAAGCUACUUCCCACCAGAUCCACACUUUCCAAUGAUGUUUUAUGGCCAUGGCUUCCCUCCGUAUCCCCUUCCACCUCCCGGAUUCGAAGGGUUCUACCCCCUCGAUCCCUAUGGCCGCCAGCUUGCACCGGGCUCUGUAGGAAGCCACGCCCACACAGCGUCACCGCUGGGCACGCCUCUAGGGCCACGCCCACAGAGCGAAGCCCCGGAUUCAGGGCGGGCUCCUGGAGCUCUGAGGCCCGCCCUCCCUGUAGCGCGCCCGGCGCUGGGGACAAAGCCUGCUCUCGGUACCGAGGGGAUUCAAACAACGCAAGAGGCUUCACAGCCUGUGCAGGCUUCUACUUCAAAACUCGCCCUGGGUCCCGGUCAGGCUGAUCAGCUUGAGAACGAUGACGGAAGGGCUCAAGAAGGCCCAAUCCUGGCAGUGGACCCCCAUGAGGAUAUUGACCCUCCUUCAGUUGAGGACAUUAGAAGCUUCACAGCUUUAUUGAUAAGACUCUCCAAAGCAUUGAAUCUCCCUACUCCGAAACCCUCCAAAGUUGUUGAGGACCCUGUAUUUCCUUCUUCAAAGCAGCAGGCUCCAGCCACCACAUCAUUGCCUUAUCUCCCAUAUCUGGUAGAGUUAGUAAAGAACGAAGGGGUCCCACCAGCCUCCUUGCCUGCGACCCCAAGGAGGGCGGGGUUCCUUUAUAAGAUCGAUCUCUCCGGAGUUUCAUGGCUAGCAAAGCAGCCAAAACUUAAUUCAAGAGUGGUGAAUGUAACACAACCUAAGGCAGUCCAAAGAUCUCAACCCA